GGAUAAACUGCACAGAGAGGAAUCUAAAAUUAGAAUCUUCUGAUUUUUCACAAGAUGCUGGACUGGAGAUUAGCGAGUGCACAUUUUAUCCUAGCUAUGACGCUGAUGCUGGGGAGCUCAGGAAAAGUGCUCUCAGAGGAAGUAGCAACACAGGCAUUGGAUUCUACAGUCAUAAAUGUACAGUCACCACCCACAGUCAGGGAAGAGAAAUCAGCCACUGAUCUAGCAGCAAAACUCUUUCUUCUUGAUGAACUGGUGUCCUUGGAGAAUGAUGUAAUUGAGACAAAGAAGAAAAGGAGUUUCUCUGGUUUUGGGUCUCCCCUAGACAGACUCUCAGCUGGCUCUGCAGAUCAUAAAGGUAAACAGAGGAAAGUAGUGGACCAUCCAAAAAAGCGAUUUGGUAUCCCCAUGGAUCGGAUUGGUAGAAACCGGCUUUCAAACUCAAGAGGCUAAUCGAUUCCAAUUAUGCAACCUCCUUGGGUGAAAUGUCACAGAAAUAUAAAAGAUGCUUCAAUGAAGUUCUUCAUACUCCUUAACAAUUAAACUUUUAAGUAACUGGCCUUCUGCAAAUUCUUUCCCAAGCUUGAACUUCAGUUCAUCACAUCACAGUAUUGUUACAGCUUCAGUUAAAUUGUGCUGAUAAUUUUGAUGCAUGUAUAUUUUAAAAUAUAUAUAUAUUUUAAUUAUUCAGGUAUGAUUACCUGCCCCCCAAAAUUUUACUUUUAAAAUAUCAAUUAAAAAGCACAAUUCAGUGACAUGUCUUCUAUAUGCAUUUACCAUUCACAUUUUUGCAGUUAAAGAAUAAUAAUGAAAGACAGAUUUGCUUCCAUAAAAUUUAGAUGCAACUUGUUUGUUCAUUAUGGGAGAAUAAGGAAAGGCAAUGCUGUAUAUUUUCUUUUGAGUACUUUCAUACUACUCUUUUCUUUUGUCAGUGAGCCUGCUGGGUAAUAAUUAUAAAAUUAGGCUUCUCUUAUUGUGUUCAAAUUUUAAUUAUGUUCAACCAAAUAAAAACACAGACCCAGUGAGCAUAUUGACUUAGAAUUUAAAAAUUAAGGAUAUUGCUCAUUUGCCAAGCUCAGAUAUUCUUUGUCCCCUAAGAACUUUCCAUAUGUCUAAAUUUUAACUGAUAGUUAAGAGCAGCAGUAGCUCAUUAUGAGAGGAAUAGCCACACACAGAAGUAAAGUUAAAAGUAGGGGAAAGUUAAAGGAUCACCAAGUAGUAAACUACCAGAGCAGUAUGGGGUCAAUUAUGUGCAUAUCAUUUUAGCACAGUACAUUUCAACAUAGUACAAGAAGCAAUCAUUUUGAUAUUACUGACUCAUCUAAGAAACUGUGUAGUCUGUUUCAUACACUGUGCUUAAUAAGCCAUCAAUGAGCAUAAUGUAUUUAAAAAUUAUUUCUUUAAAAUGUUUCAGAUUAUUUUUAAUUGACCUAUCACAGCAUAAGUUUUGGUUUUCUGGAAAGCUCAGUUCUCAGUAAUAAUUGUGAUGUUACUGUAGUUAAAGAACAUAAACCUGCUGUGCAUUGAAUAUGCUUUCAGAACACACAAUAAGCCUUAUUCCCUGGACCAGAGAUUCAACAUAAGCUACUUAGCAGAAGUUUAUGAAGCAUCUGGAAAACAAUUCUUGAAGCCUUAGUAGUCACUGUCAAACAGACCUAAUAGAUGUGAGGAAAAAAGUUUUGACUAAUAGAGCAAAGCUUUAUUUUAGCAUAAAGAGUGUCGUGAGAACGUGUCUUUCUAUUAAAAGAAGAGAGAAAUGAGUAGUUGCUAAUUUUCACUAAAAAUUAUUGUACUUGUAUGAUCCAAAGAGUAAUAUAAACUCAAACAUCACGACAAAAUGCAUCAGAAAAGAGCUGAAUUCAAUGAUUGACCUUUAUAAAAGGCUAAUUGUUCAGUUGUCCACUCUGCUUUUUAGAGAUCAAGUUCAAAAGAGCCGAAAAGAAGUGACAGAAACGAACAUGUGUACUUAGAAUACAUAUUGGUUUUGUAUAUAACUUCUUAGUUUUUCCAGAAAAUUUUCAAAUCAAAAAUCUUCAAAUUUAAGUUUAGGAAAAAACAGUAAAUGAAUGUUUUUUAUAAUUGUAAUAGAGGGUGAUAGCUAAGAGAAAUGAAUUUUGAGAAAGCUAACUAAUUCUGAUUUUUAUAAACUUGUAUUAGAAAGCUAGUAGUGUUACUUAGGUGAAAACGCUGCAGGACUCACAGUUUGAAAAAAUUACUUAAGAAGUUAUGAUAUCUCACCUCCCUUUUCCCAAGCUCCUAAUGAACUAUAGAAAUAUGCCCUAUUUCUUAGAUGCUCUUUCUUUCCUUUUUCUCCUGUUUGGAUAUUUGUAAGCUUCUAAUUCAACCAGGUGCUGCUUCGUGCUUUGACAAAAAGUAUUAAAACCUACGUCAGCCUAAAAAUUUCUCAUAAAGAUUUGAAGUUGGAUUAAACAAAUUGAUUUCCUACAUUCUUUAUUUUUUUAAUUCAAACUUGGCUAUAGCAUCCAACUUAAUUAUAGUAAGAAGUGAAAAAAUAUUGAUUUACGCUCUAUUCUAAUGUAUAAUGUGUUUGUCUCAUAAUAUAAUAUAUGCACAAGACUUCCAUGAAGAAAAAAAGCAAAAUAUUUUCUCCACUUAUAGCUGUUUUAUUUCAUAUUUUAAUUUUUACCACUACUUUAUACAGAGUAGAAAAUAAGUCAGCAAUAUACUGGCUUAAAUAGGGUAUUGUUUUAACACAGCAGUAAAUUAAGACAUAAUUUCUGUUAAGAAUAUGACGAGUCAUCUCAUUUAUUUACCCAAUGCAUUAUAUACUACUAAAUAUGAGUAUAUUUCAACUUCAAAAUAAUGCAUUACCUUUUUUUUUCUUCUUUCCUUUGUGAAACUUCAUAGAACAAAUAUAUGUGUGAAUAUAGAUUUCUGAAUUUUGGUGUCAAAUACAUAAUCAACUUCAAUAGUAUGUAAUUCCUACACACUUUGUCUUAAAAUUUACUCAUGCUAUGAAAUGUCUGUCAAAUUGUACCUUUAAUCUACACAUGGUUUUAGGGAAUUAAAUUUUUUAAAACAAAUUAUCAAAAAAUAAAUUGAUGGAAUCUUUUUUAAAAAAAGAAGUAUCAAAAGUUUUUUGAAUGACAUUACCCAUUAUAUCGAAAAGUUCGAGGUGCUUGAAUAUUGGUCAACUUUUCCAAAGUGAAUAAACUUGAGAUGACGAAAGCAGUUGUUUACAUCUUUCUUUAUUAUAGCAUUAUAUUUGUGUUCACAACUGUUGUAAAUAUGUUUGGGGAACAUUUUUAAGCACCAUUGUGCAACUAAUAUUUAUUUAUGUACAUUUGAGUGGUCCCUAAGCAAGCUUAGCACUAC